CGCACACACACACACUCUUUCUUGUGGCAGGCACUCUGCUUUCCAGGACCUGCCACUCGUGGCGGACGCACCAGGACAGAGCCCAGGCAGCAGAGAGGUGGCUGAACCUGCACUGCUCCCACUGCCCCACUUGGAGCAGCUCCCACAGCUAGCUUUAAGGAGCCAAUUCCCACGCUGUGCUUGCCACUUGAGUAACUUUACUUUCUGCUGCUGCAGGAAAGAAGAGGUGCUGUGGACGCAGCCUCCUUGGCCUCUGGUUCCCAGGAAGACGGCACACUCACAACUCUGGAUUCUCACCGGUACCCCGGAUUCCUCCCUGGGAUGGGCCUCCCAGUGCCUGGCUUCAUCACAGGCCUGGCCCUGCUUCAGGUGCAGGAGGGAGGAUAAAGCAGGGUCGUGAGCGGCUCCCCUGGACCUGUCCCAUGGGCCUCUCCCCACACUUCCAACAUCUCUCUGUGCCUGGCUUAGCUGCCGCACUGCCUCCAAGAAUGAGUGGUGAUGUUCUCUAGCUGUCCCUGGCAACACUCGGCUUCCUGGAUACACUGCAGCUGGCUGGGAUUUGGGAUUUUCUCUUGAGAUAAACGGACAGCAUUGGCAGUCAGCUAUGACUGUCCAGAAACUUGUGGCCACAGCCGUGCUAGUGGCCCUUGUCUCCCUCAUCCUCAACAACGCAGCAGCCUUCACCCCCAACUGGGUGUACCAGACACUAGAGGAUGGGCGGAAGCGGAGCGUGGGGCUGUGGAAGUCCUGCUGGCUGGUGGACAGGGGCCGGGGAGGUGCAAGCCCCGGAGCCAAAGGCGGGCAGGAGGACACACAGGACUGCGAGACGCUGGGCUGGGGCUCUGAGUCGGCAGGCUUCCAGGAGUCUCGAGGCACCGUCAAACUGCAGUUCGACAUGAUGCGUGCUUGCAACCUGGUGGCCACAGUGGCGCUUGCUGUGGGUCAGCUCACCUUUGUCCUGGGACUCACAGGCCUGCCCCUGAUGUCACCAGAGUCCCAGUGUUGGGAGGAGGCCAUGGCCGCUGCUUUCCAGCUGGCAAGCUUUGUGCUGGUCAUUGGACUGGUGACCUUCUACAGAAUCGGCCCCUACACCAACCUAUCCUGGUCAUGCUACCUGAACAUCGGUGCCUGCCUUCUGGCCACUCUGGCAGCUGCCAUGCUCAUCUGGAACAUUCUUCACCGGAGGGAGGACUGUAUGGCACCCCGGGUAAUUGUCAUAAGCCGCUCCCUGACAGCGAGGUUCCGCCGUGGGCUGGACAAUGACUACGUGGAGUCUCCAUGCUGAGAGCACCCUUCUUAGGACUUUACCCAUGAACAGCUACUAUAACGGAAUAGUCUAGAAACCAAGAGACUCUCCCAGUCCCUGCUUGUGCAGAGGCAUGGGAUAUGUCUGGGCUACCUAUCUACACACAUGUACGAUACGCAUGUACAUUUACUAUGUUAUACAUGAAUAUGUUAUGUGUCUAUAUGUCAUGUGCACCACCCUAUUUCUUCCUCAGCCAGCACAUUGUGGCUUCACAUCAUACACGUUUUAAGGGUGGAGACUGAAAACUGAGGCAGAGGAGGAGGUGAUGUGGGCACCCUGCUCUUUGCCUUCUUUUGGGAUUAAUUUAUUCUGCAUUUGCUAGGAUGGCACCCCUGGUUACAUUCAUUUUCAUAACUGAAUAUGGAGGAAGUUUUUCAUGAGGUGUCCAUGGUAUUUCUUGAGUAAAUCAGAAUUUAUAAUCAGAUGGUAAUGGUUUUAUGCCAGAAUCAAGUUAGUAGUGUACGUUUUGCUCCUGAUUAAUUUUCUAAGUUAAA